UCCCUUUCAGAAAUAUUCAUACGGUUUAACCGACUGUUUACAUUUCCGCGUCCGUCGCACAAUAAUGACAGGACUCGUCGCGAUGCUGUGAUGUCACGCCUGUCGCUGCUUUGCUAGUGAUACCUACAUGAGGAGUUGAGCAGACGGAGCAGUUUGCAAUGGGAUCCUUUAUUAUAACAAAUUCGAGGAUGUGUCUCAAGCAUCUGUGCCCCCUACUUAGGCGCCCUCUUUAUCACCACCGUUCGCCACUAAAGAUUAACCAGCUGAAUGGUCACCCCUACUGUACCAGAGGGAACAGAAAACCGUCAGAGUUUCAUGGCACCAAGCAGAGAGACUUCAGUCAGAGAGAGAGAGAUUCAUUCCCGAAGUCAGUGUUUGCAGCCGGCAAUGCCAGGAGAACCGCUGAUAUUUUAAAGAGGAAAUCGGGAUCGGGUCAGGAUCAGGUCAGCACGGGUUCGUCGAAAGGCCGUGCAGCGUUUAUAUCUGAGAUUCCCGCUCGGGCUCUGAGCGUUUCGGAAUGGAGAGAUCUGAAAAUCGGCUCGUCCAGGCCUGAGCGCUUUGAGCUGAGGAUGAUGGAGGGAAUGCUGGCCGCUGAGGCUGACCUCAACGUCGCUAAAUCUCUACUCAACUACGUCGCUGUCGAAAAUGGAACCCUGCCGUACGAACUGCUGCUGAGGUAUCUGACGCUUUGUGUUUCUGGUGGCCAUCACUCAGAGGUUUCAGACGUCUACGACAUUAUGAAGAGCUGCUUUAAGACUCUGGACACGGGAGCGUACAGUCUGUUUGUGAAAGGUCUGAGUCAGACCGAGCGCUGGACCGAAGCUUUGACCAUUCUGGUGGACAUUAAGAAGCUCAUCACACCGUCAUCCAGGAAUUAUGGUGAUGCCGUGAGUGGGGCUGUUCUCCAUGGUGACCGUGAGACGGCAUGGCAUCUGUACAGCGAGCUGAUAGAUCAGGGACUGACGCCCACUCAGGAGACAUGGUGCUGUUUAUUCGAAAGUGGUGUGAGUCAGAGUGCACACACAGAUGAACUCCUGGCCAUCCUGAGCUACAUGAGAGAAAACCAGAUUUAUCCGGAGGAGAAGCUGGUCAGGAGCAUUAAAGUGUGGUUUGAAAGUUUACCAGGUGAGACCUGGAGAGGGACGUAUACUUCAGUAGAUCCCCGAGGAGUGUGUCGGAGCUGUGGGACAGAACUGGAGUCCAUCCAGCUGACAGAGGAGGAAUACGCUCAGCUAAAACACAGAGUGAUGGAGGAUGUGAUCGAGGGUCAGGACAUCUUCAACAAGACCACACCUGAGGAGCUGGAAAGUUUUAAGAGCUUUGUGAAAAAAAGACCUGUGUUUGAUGUCAUCAUCGAUGGUCUGAACGUCGCGAACAUGGUGCCGAAGUGUGUGAAGUCCGAGACGCUGUUAGCAGUGGUCUCAGAGCUUCAGGGGCUAAAUGUUCUGGUUCUGGGCCGAAAACACAUGCAGCAGCCAUCACGCAACUGGAACAGACAUGAUAUGAACCAGAUCCAACAGAAAGCACACUGCUUCUUCACUGAGAACAUCUCAGAGGAUGACCCGUUCCUGCUCUAUGCCGCACUGCAUUCUGGGAACCACUGUAACUUCGUGAGCCGGGACCUGAUGAGGGAUCACAAGGCGUGUCUCCCGGACAGUGCCACGCGACGCCUCUUCUUCAAGUGGCAGCGAGGACACCAGCUGGUGCUCAGUCACUUCAUCCCAGGGAAGAGGAUUCGCUUUCAGAGGACAUCACGCUAUGAUACCAUCGUCCAGAACCAGGGAAAGACGUGGCACGUACCCUACGAUGAGACCGGAGGAGCGAGGAGCACGCAUGAAGUUCCACACAGGUGGCUGUGUCUCAGGAACCAUGUGUGUAGAGAUUAAUAAGGGCCUGGAUCUCCUGGUCAGUGUCGUGUUUAUACACGGAAUCACCUUUUUGUUCAACAAUAAUAAAGUAAUAUGGGUGAGAAACCAACCGAAUGAGUUUCUGUGUG